AUGGCUGGCUCCGAGAGCACUCCUGAUCUGCAGGAGAUCCAUGAUUUCCUGGUUGAUUUGGCCUUCAAGGCUGGCAAAACAAUCAACAGUGCUUUACCAACUGUCUCUAGCACCGAUUCAAAGAAGAACAGCUCCGACCUCGUCACGGAAUAUGACCGCGCAGUGGAACUGCAGGUUUCUACCGCUCUGAAAGAGAAAUAUCCUGAAUACGACUUUCACGGAGAAGAGACAUACGAUCCAGCGCAUCCUCUCACGGACGCCCCGACAUUCAUUGUUGACCCAAUUGAUGGCACUACCAAUUUCGUACAUGGCUUUCCCAGCGUGUGUAUUUCCUUGGGCUUUGCCAUUAAACGCACACCGGCCGUUGGCGUGGUGUUUAACCCUUUCACUCAGACUCUAUACUCCGCCAUCCGUGGGAAAGGGGCAUACUUGAACAAGACAACCAAGCUCCCACUGAAGGGCGCCAAUAUCGAACCACUGCAGGGGCUCAGCAAUUCCCUCAUUGCCGUUGAAUGGGGUUCGGACCGUAGUGGCCAGAAUUUCGAGACUAAGGUCCGCACCUUUGAACAGCUAGGGAAGAGCCGGGAGGAGGGGGGCGCAAUGGUCCAUUCCAUGCGCAGCCUGGGAUCAGCUGCUCUGAACCUGUGCAGCGUCGCGGCCGGAACUCUCGACUUGUACUGGGAAGGUGGGUGCUGGGCAUGGGAUGUUUGCGCUGGUUGGGUUAUCCUGAGUGAAGCUGGCGGCAUUAUGGUUGACGGGAACCCCGGUGAGUGGACUGCGAAGCUCGAUAGCCGGAGAUACCUUGCAGUCAGAGGGUCGCCAAAUGGUGAAGGCCAGAAAGAGCUCGUGGAGGAAUUCUGGAGUCAUGUGCAGGGUCGCAUGGACUACUGA